CUAGGUGGCAGCACUCAAUCGUCAUUGUGUUGCUAACGUCAGUCUGUGGGAGAACAGCUACGCUAAUCUGAACUGAGUUUGUUGUCCAGAUUUUUGCUUUUCAAGCUAAAAGAUGGAAGAGUAUCAUUCUGGAGAUGAAGUGUCUUUCAGUCCAGAUGAUGCAAGUAAUGUUGUAAAGGAGUGCAUUGAGGGGAUCGUUGGAGGCGUGGACUACAGCCAGAACAAAGUCAACCAGUGGACAGCCAGCAUAGUUGAACACACUCUCACUCAGUUAGUCAAACAGGGGAAACCGUUCAAGUACAUUGUCAACUGUGCUGUGAUGCAGAAAAGCGGCGCAGGUCUUCACACAGCCAACUCUUGUUACUGGGACACUACCACUGAUGGAAGUUGCACAGUCCGGUGGGAGAACCGAACCAUGUACUGUGUCGUCAGUGUGUUUGCAGUGGCUAUUGCGCUAUAAAACAGGAAUCAGGGCUGAGACAUACACAGACACAAAAGGAUAAAAACUCUGCUUCAACACUGGCUUUAAAACCAUGUUCAACUUGUCAUGUUUUGCCUAAUCUACAAAGUUUAAACUGUAUUGCAAAUGCUUGUCUACCAUAUUGUAUGUUAAUUUGCCUUGUUUUUUUUUAGACUUGUGAUGGUUACGUGCACGUUUGUUCUGUACAGGAUGAAAUGCAAAUAUGUUGAUGCUUAAUUAUUAAAGUUGUCCGAUUUGGGUU